AUGGGGGAUAAACUUAAUUCAACACCAGGCAUCCACCGCGUGGCCUUCUUCGGGGGUCAAGGUAGCCGCGCUGUCUUCUCACAGGAGACUUCCAACACAGCCAUCCGACAUGUCAGGAGAUCUCACACCGCGGGCAAAGUCCUAGCGUCAUGCUAUAAUGCAUUUCUACAAGAGCUGGUAAACGCCAGAGAGCAAGAACACGGGCAAAAUUCAGUUCUGAUUGAGCUGGCGGAGCUUACAUCCUGCGAGUCGCUCCUGUCUCCUCCCACAACACAGCACAGCAACCCCAUCAUCCAGGGGGUAACGCUCCUGAUUCACCAAUUGCUCAGUUACCUGAACCAUGUUGAGGCAUGUGCAGCCUCUCCUGAGCCGCAACUAUCUUUGCAGGAGAUUAUGAACAAGUGGGACGAGGUGAUGGGUUUCUGCUCUGGGGUUAUACCAGCUCUCGUUAUUGCCACGUCCACCUCGAUCGAGGACUUCAUUCGAAGCAGUGAUCAUGCAGUUCGACUGGCAUUCUGGAUAGGUUAUCGUGUGGCCCUUUUCUGUGAAGACCGUGCAGGGCCCCAAUGGCGUGCCCGUCCCUGGUCAAUUGCCGUGAGUGGACUCAAGGAAGAGGACGUGGUUCAGUUUAACUCCAAGGACGGAAACGGCGCUGUCUGUUUCUCAGCACGAAUAAACCCCGACAUCAUCACCGUCACUGGAACGCCUUCAGCCCUUGAUCAGUUCAAAGACUUCGCACAGGGCAAUGGGGAGCCCAUCCCCGUACACGGCUGGUACCAUGGAGGCGACACAACGAAGUCAGUGGUCCAGAUGGUUCUACAGGAUAUCACCCGACGCUCCAUCUCUUUUCCAGCACGACCGUCCGUAUACAUACCCGUCCGAUCAACGGUUGAUGGCAGCCCUAUGACCCUGACGGGGGAGGUGACGCUCGCAGAAACAGCAGUCCGGAUCAUCCUCACUCACAGCCUGAAUUGGCAGCUAACCUGGGAGAGCCUAUAUUUUCGUGCGCUGAGGACGGAAGUGCAUGCAUUUGGGCCUCACUCACGCUCAUUCUUUGGUACCCGAUGGAAGAAUACACGCGUGGUUGAUCAUUCACUACCAGGGAUACCGAAGACUCCGCCUGCAGAUAUUGCGAUCGUGGGUAUGUCUGUGAAUUUCCCAUCUGCGAACAAUAAAGAGGCACUCUGGAACAACCUGGAGAAGGGAGUCAAUACUGUCCAAACGAUACCGGAAACGAGAUUCAAGAUUUCCGAAUAUACAUCGGAUGACCCAGACGGAAAGCCCGGCCUACGGUCAAUCUACGGUAAUUUCGUGGAGAAGCCUUGGGCAUUUGACCAUGCCUUCUUUGAUAUUUCCCCUCGUGAAGCUCGAUCAAUGGAUCCACAGCAAAAACUAUUACUCCAAGCUGCCCUUCACGCGCUGGAUGAUGCAGGAUACGUCCCCGAUUCCACCCCAUCUUUCCAGAAGGACUCCUUUGGUUGUUACGUUGGAAUUGCCACUGGGGAUUAUGUGGAUAACUUGCGAGAUGACAUCGACGUGUACUACAGCACAGGGACACUUCGAGCCUUUUUAAGCGGUCGAAUCUCCUAUAGUUUCAAGUUCAGUGGGCCCUCCAUGGUGGUCGACACCGCGUGCUCUGCAUCCUCCAUCGCCAUCUACCAAGCUUGCCAGGCUUUGACCAACGGUGAUUGUACUGCUGCUAUUGCUGGAGGUGCAAACGCCAUAAUCAGUCCGGACAUGUAUAUGGGCCUGGGGCGAGCACACUUUCUCAGUCCUACUGGCCAAUGUAAGGCCUUCGAUGCUGGUGCAGAUGGGUACUGUCGCUCCGAAGGGUGCGGUGUGUUUGUUCUCAAGCGACUGUCGGAUGCUUUAGAGGAGAACGAUCGCAUAUACGGUGUUAUUCGUGGUAUUGCAGUCAACCAGAGUGCAAACGCCAGCUCCAUCACUCGCCCUCAUUCAGAAACGCAGGCGAAGCUAUUCCGAACGGCCCUCUCCAGAGCUGGUGUGGAUGCUUCAUCCGUGGAUGUGGUCGAGGCUCAUGGGACCGGAACCCAGGCUGGAGACGCCGUCGAGAUAUCCAGCAUUCAGUCCGUCUUGGGGAAAGUCUCUCGCCAACGUCAGAAUCGCGUGUUUAUUACCUCGAUCAAGGGGAACAUCGGCCACGCAGAAGCCGCAUCCGGAGCAGCCAGUCUCGCUAAAGUGCUACUUAUGCUCAAGAACCACCGGAUUCCACCUCAGGUAGGAUUAAAGAAGAUCAACCCUAUACUUGCGGAUGCUCUGGCUACGGAUAUGCAGAUCACCACGGAGGGCGCGAACUGGAAAGCGCCUGUAGACAACCUGCCCCGGAGGGCAAUGAUCAAUAACUUUGGUGCAGCGGGUUCCAACUCUGCAAUGAUCGUUGAGGAGGCUCCUUCGAGUUAUUCGCAUGUUACUGAACGCAGUGCUUACCCGUUCUUAAUUUCGGCUCGAACUAUCAGAGCUCUGAAAGCGCGAGUGCAAGCAUACCGGCGUUCAAUCGAGGUAUCGAGAUCGAGCCUGAAACUACCCGACAUAUGCUACACAGCUACCGCUCGACGACGGCGCUACGAACACAUGGUGUCUAUAACCUGUGGUAAUGUGGAUGAUUUGCUGGCAAAGCUGAGGGAUCCUAUGUUUACCCGGACUCCAUCAAAAGGGAGGCCACUUAUCAUGGUGUUUUCCGGGCAAGGAGGCGCAUAUAGUGGCAUGGGACGUGAGCUACUGACAACGUCCCCUUUAUAUCAAACAUGUGUCGAUCGAUGUGAAAGCCUACUGGAAGAAAUGGGGUUUCCGAGCAUUCGUAGCAUGCUGGUGGGCGAUGUGAGCGUUGAAGAGAGCGACAACACCUACCUGUCCCAAACAGGCACCUUCGUGCUUCAAUAUGCUUUGGCCAGCGUCUGGAGGGCAUGGGGCAUUGAGCCUCAGGCGGUGAUUGGACACAGUCUGGGAGAGUAUGCGGCCAUGGUGAUUGCCGGCAUUAUGUCACUAGCAGAUGGUCUACGCCUUGUCGCAACGAGAGCCACUCUCAUUGCAGAUCUUUGUGCAGCUAAGGAGUCUGGUAUGAUGGCAUGCAAUCAGAGCGACCAGGAGAUGCUUCGGUUAAUCUCCCACCAUGAGGAUCUCUCGCACCUGCAGGUGGCCUGCCAGAAUACCCCUCAUGAUUCCGUAAUUGCAGGUCCAAUUGUCGAGCUGCAGGUUCUCGCUGAACGGUGCAAGCAGUCGGGGUAUAAAUGCAAGAUCCUUGCAGUGCCGUACGGAUUCCACUCGGCUGCUAUGGAUCCUAUUCUGGAGGAACUGCACAAGGUCGCAUCGUUGAUCACAUACUAUUCUACCAAAAUGCGCGUUGGGUCUACAGUGUACGGUGAAUUCCUGAGCUCGGUAGUGGACUCGGAUUACUUCGUUCGCCAAACCAGCGAUACAGUUAGAUUCGCUCAGCUACUACAGGCAAUCACUGAAGAUCAGGAGCUCUCCUCGGCGGUGUUCCUGGAGAUUGGCCCCUCCUCUCUUACUCUACCUAUGGUUCGCAAUGGGGUGUCGGAGCAUGAAGAGCACAGGUUCUUUAGCUCGUUGACUAGCAAACUCAGUGCCUGGGAAUCGCUUUCGAGCGCGGCUGUCAACCUCUCUUCCUUCUUUCCCAACAUUAACUGGCGUGCUGUUUUUGAUGGGACCGGUGCCUCGGUCGUCGAUGCUCCUGCAUACCCCCUUGAACAGUUCGAGAACUUUGUUCCAUACCGCGAGACUCGACUCGAAAUAUCCAACGAAGAAGCAACCAGUGCACGAGACACGAUCCUAGAUACCGGCCUCCUCGCUACGAAGCUGCGGAGACAGGAUAAAUUGUUUGAAACACCAGUGGAGUGUCUUGCCCCGUAUAUCAAUGGACACGUUGUGGGAGGAGUUGCUCUCUGCCCUGCCUCAAUCUACCAUGAGAUGGCUGUUGAAGCAGCGUCGCUAAACGGGGUCAGACCUGAUCAGAUGAUUGUAAUCACUGAUCUUACAUUUGACAACCCACUCGUGUACAGUGUCUCGCCCGAUGACCGGAUUGUUCAACUGCGGCUGGAGAAAGAGAAGCCAUUCCAGUUCUCCAGUUACUCGCCAUUGCAGCCGGAUAAUUCCAUCAUUCAUUGCUCGGGCACAUUAUCACUCGAGAGCAUCGCUACCACUACCAAGGCAUUUACACGGAAAACAGCCAUGAUCCAGCGACAGCUGUCCCAUCUGAAGUUGCGCCGAGAGCACUUCGACACCUUCAACACCAAUAUCCUUUACGAGACUAUUUUCACCCGCGUUGUGCGUUACGCGGAGAGCUACCGGUCCAUCCGCCAACUCACGGUAGCAGAUACAGGCCUGGAGGGAUAUGGCACGUUCAAGCUACCUAUCGUUCACCAGAAAUGCGUUCUGUCUCCUGCGUUCAUCGACACGCUGCUUCACAGUGUCGGGUUCAUGGCCAACAAUUGCGCCGCCAACUCCGAGGUCUACAUUUGUACCAAAGUCGAGUCUGCCCUGAUCCUAUUUCACGAGGUCGAUCAGAAGGACACAUUCUCCAUCUACUGCAGUCUUUUGAACGGCGACGAGAAUGUGCUUAUCGCCGACUCGUACGCUCUUUCUUCCAGUGGACGCCUCGUAGCUGCUGUUGAGGGUAUCCAUUUUAAAAAACUCAACCUGAAGGCAUUCCAUACCCACUUAUCUCGGUAUCAGACUAAUCUCAGGCUGCAACUCAUUGCAGACAGCAGCUCUACAGUCUCAUCUGCAUCUUCCGAUGACAGCGCUUCCACUGGUGAAUCUCCGCUUUCGACACCUCCCAAUACUGACGAUGAAGCAGUGUCAAUUGCCCCGCUAGUCACCAGAGCUAUUUCCAAAAUCUGCGGUAUCGAUCUCGGUCCAUCAAGUGCAUCUACAUUGCUAUCAGAACUCGGAAUUGACUCCCUCAUGGCGAUUGAAAUCGGUGCUACUCUCCAGAAACACCUCCCCAUGGUCCAGCUAGACAGCUCAAAAAUUAUGGAGAUCCUCACUGUCGGGGACCUUACACGUGAGGUAGAGAAGCUCACCGGUACAAGACCGCAACUACCAACGGAGAUCCGACCUAAGCCUAGCCGUCGGACAAGCAGCCGCAGAGAUAUGGUUGAGAAGGACAAAAGCAACGACAAUCCAGAUCGCAGUGGGAUCAAGUUGAUCCUAGCGGGGGUAUGCGGGAUUCCAGAGUUUUCACUGCGCGCAGACCAGCCACUCGGUGCAUAUGGAGUCGACUCUCUGCUCUCUAUGGAGCUCCGACAAGCGCUCAAGAAAAAGCUCAAGGUCGAGAUUUCUGCUGAACAGCUCCAUGGUGAUCUCACCGUCAGAGAGCUUGAGGACCUUAUUGUGAGAAUGAGGAAGCCAAAAGAUAGGUGCAGAGAUGGACUGCGGAAUAACAUCAGGCCCAUCCUGCUACAAAAAGGAGAUCCAGACUCUGUCCCCCUGAUUCUCUUCCACGACGGCAGUGGAUCAGUAGCUCCGUACUCCAAGCUGAAAAGAGUUCCAUUCCCACUCUACGGGAUUUCUAGUCCGAGUCUUACCCUUAAGGCUCCUAGGAUCACGACUCUAAAGGAAAUGGCUGAGCUUUAUGCGGAUGCAAUCCGUUCUACAUUUGACGGGCCUGUGGUUAUCGGAGGUUGGUCAUUCGGCGGUGUAUUGGCAUUUGAAAUUGCACAGCAUCUGAUGUCCCAAGUUGAGGGUGUUAUUUUCAUCGAUUCCCCAUCUCCAAUAAAGCACCAGCCUCUGCCGGACGCUGUAAUCCGGUAUGUACUACAGGAUCUGGAUGCAGGGACCCACGUCGUUCUUCGGACGCAGUUCACAUCAUACGCGGUAAUGCUAGGAGAAUACAGACCCUCAAAGAUACAGACAGACAUUCCUUUUGUGCUACUACAAUGUGAGCAAACAUUGAACACGACUGAGCUCUGCAACGUUGAGUAUCCCUGGCUGGAGAACGAGGCAGCUCAGCAGGAGUCAAUAUCCGAGUGGAACAUGCUACUUCACAGUAAGAUGCAUGUGUUGAAAAUUCCAGGUAAUCAUUUUGAGCCGUUUAAGCUACAGAAUGUUACGAAGGUGACGGAGAGGUUGGUUGAGGCGUAUAACUAUCUAGAACCGGCACGGAGCAAGCGUGCAGACAUGGCGGGACCUCCACAACGUCCAGACUUCUUCACCCGGUUUGACAUUGUUCAGGAGUACAUUCCCUACCCUGAAGGGCCGGAGUACGUUCCCUACCGUGAAGGGACCGAAGUAGCUAUGCCUCCCGGCACACGCAACAGCAAACGGGGGCGAAGAGAUAAUGGUCUAGAAGCUGCAAAUACAGGCCGACUAACAAGCAACAUGGCCACAACACUUGGUGGAUUCACGUUCGCGAACGGAUAUCGGCAGCCGGCCGACACGAAUCCCUGGCAGGUCGAGAAUGCAGACACCUGGGAUAAGGAGGAGCCGCACUACAGUGUUCCUCCCUCUGUUGAGCUGCUCACCUCGCCUGUGCAUAACGAUGUGGGACUCAAUUACCUCCGGACCUGGCCUACGAUAUACGAUGGGACUGCAUCCCCCCACGGGGUGCCAAGCUGGUGGAAGCCGAAAAAGAAGGUAGAUGUACUAAUAUCUGGAGCCGGCCCUAGUGGCCUACAAAUCGCGGCCAGUCUAAUUCGCCAGGGACUAUCGGUCCGCAUCAUCGACAAAGCAUCUGCUCCCUUGCUGGCUGGACGAGCGGACGGUGUCCAGCCACGAUUCCUGGAAACACUAGGAACCUGGGGUCUCGCAGAAGAGGUUGCGGAAGAGGGCCCCUUGAUCGAGCGAACGGCCAUCUACAAGAACGGAAAACCUUUGCUUCACGCUCGCUCCCACCAGUCGGACUCGAGAUACCGUGGACUGCAUGUUAUCACACAGGGCCAGAUUGAACGCAUCUACGUGCGAGACCUCUACCGACACAAGGUGCUAGUGGACCGUACCACUGUCCUGAAAGAGUACAAGGUUGAGGGAAACGAGUCCGAUUCGCAUCCAGUCAAGAGCGUUGUUACCAACACAGCGACUGGUGAAGACGAGGUCAUUGAAGCCAAGUUCCUUGUCGGUUCCGAUGGAGGAGCGAGUUCUAUUCGGCGCAGUCUUGGGAUUCCUUUUGAUGGAGUGAGUACUGAUAUCUAUUGGGGUAUUAUGGACUGUGUUUUCGAGUCGGACUAUCCUCAUGCGUGGAUUUUUGGAUCCGUGAUCAAUUCGAAGCAUGGUGGGUGUGUGAUUAUUCCUCGUGAGCAGGGAUAUAUCCGUCUGUAUACCCAGCUGGACGUCUCGAGCACCGGCUCCAUCGCUCAAUCCAGACUUGCAAGAGACAUUGAUUUUCAGGAAUCCGGAGGUCGAGUGGACGUUCACUCCAUUACUGCCGAAGAAGUUCUGGAGCAAGCGAACCGUAUAUUUGCCCCAUACAAGCUAAAAUUUGCGGCGCCUUUGAGCUGGUUCGCAAUCUGGAAGAUCAGCGAGCGCGUAGCUCGAUCAUUCUCCUCUGAGAACCUGCGCGUCUACCUGGCCGGAGAUGCUGCUCACGUCCAUAGUGUGAUGGGCGCCUUUGGUCUUAACGCUUCCAUCCUCGACUCGGCCAAUCUCGCCUGGAAACUUGGCCUCUGCGCCUCCGGUGCAGCAGAUAUAAGCUCCCUCAUGCCGACCUACGACCGCGAACGCCGUCUCCACGCCGUCCGAAUCAUAGAAACAUCAGGAAAAUACCUUCGUUUCGUCUGCAACUCCGAGCUCCCUGUUGCACGACUUUACGAAGCUGGCGCGGAUCUCGGAUUUGAUCCAUCCCGCAAAGCCCAAGCGCCCAAGGCAAAGACUAACGGAGCAAGCAACGGAGCUGCAUACGGGAAUCAUGGCAAACCAGAGACAAACGACCACGGACAUCAUAAUGGAGUGAAGCUUUCUGUUACUAACGGGGUCGAGACCAACGGCCACAAGAUCCACCUGAACGGUAAGACGCGGCAUACCAGCGAAGAGGAGGCUGAGCGACAGGAGGACUUGGAGUUCAUCCGAACCUUCUUUCCCGAGUACAGUCAAUUCCUCCUAGGCACUGACUGCGAGUAUGGCAUGUCUUGCAUCGCUCCACAGGAGCCUACCGUCGGGACGGGGAGAAAACCAACAGUGCUCCGUAACGGAGUGCGAGCCCCUAGCCCUCGCGUGUGCUUCAGCACGGGUUCAACAGGCUAUCUAUACGAUAAGAUGAAGGGAGCUAACCGGUUCCACGUUGUUGUCUUUGGAUCUGAUCUUCUCGGACCUGUGAGGACACGACUCGCCGCUUUUUCUCAGGCUUUAGCGCACGAGAGUCAUUUCUUUAACCGAUUCGGUGGUAGCCGGCGAUUUAACAUUCUCCUCGUCGCGAAAGGCCCACCGUUUGAGCUGGAGGAGCGACUCCAGGGUGACGAUGUGGCUGCCCUCAAAGAGAGCGCCGUGGUUAUCUCGGAUGAUCGCACGCCGGAAGACGAUGCACACUCUUCUUACGGGGUUGACCAUGUUACUGGUGCUGUGGUAGUUGUUCGACCGGAUCUGUGGGUUGGGAAGACGGCGGCUCCAGACCAGGUGGACGAGUUGGAUAGUUAUUUUUCGUCCUUCCUUAUUCCCGUUGAUAGACAUUCAUGA